AUGACGUUCUGCAGGAAGUGUGGUCCAGAGAUACAAGUAACUGAGAGCGAAAGGCAAAAGAAGUUGCUUCUUAAAAAACGCCACAAAAAAAGGGUCCGGGCAGCUCAGAAGAUUCAGGCCUGGUGGCGUGGCCACCUGGUGCGACGGACCCUGCUUGUCGCUGCCCUCAGGGCCUGGAUGAUUCAGGGCUGGUGGAGGAUGGUCCUGCUGCGGCGGGCACAUAAGCAUCAGAAAUACCUUCUGAGGCUGUAUGUAAUCCAGGAGAAGUCAGCCGUCAAACUCCAGUCCUGUGUUCGUAUGUGGCAGUGCCGUCAAUAUUACCAACUGGACUACACUCUCCCUGUGUCCCAAACCCCAAAGAGCAGCCUUAUCUUCCAGAACAGUGAUGUUCUGCAGGUACAAUGUAAAGUUGUUUCCAAGCAACCAGAGUUCCACAUUGAAAUUGUAUCAAUCUAA